AUGGAUGUUGGAUCAGCUGUGUGUAGAUGGUUGACUACCAGCACUACUACAACUACAACUACAACUACCACAACGACUACGACUCCAUCUACCACCAUCACCACCACCCCCAACCUCUCUACCAGUGCGAGUAACAUCCCGUUGAUCAUCGGAGUAGUUAUUAUUACUUCUGUUAUCUUCGUUAUUGGAAUUAUUUUGUUUUAUUGCUGCCGAAAAAGAAACAAGUCAAGAAAUUCGAAGGAUACAAUACAAACUGUCGCUGCGUCAGGAACUACUAAAAAAGGCACAACCACGGGAACGACUAGAACUAAAACCAUGAAGUCAAAAACUGGAAAGAAAGCCAAGAAAGACAAGAAAACCAAGAAGACAACAACGACUGCUUCGUCUGGUUAUUGA